UUUAAAACAGUCACAUUUUAAAGUGUUGCGAAUACAUAGCUAAGAGAAAUGUUUGUUUUGUUUUCUCUUGUAUUGAUACUCGGUUCUUGUAGGCAUGCUGCAGCGUACGUGAACGCUCUUGACGCCGAAUUUUCAUUCUCGUGCGGAACUUCCGAGCAGACGAUAUCGCACGUGGAAAGCGUUCAUGACAACCAUGCUGAAGACCGACAGUUUGACUUUAGUUGUCGGGACGUCAUGGCGGAAAUGGAUGGGACAAAAGCAGCAUGUUACUGGACAGGUUACGCAAAUGUGUUUGACCAGCCGGAGAAUUUCCAAUGCCCAGGAAAUCAGUACGUGAACGGGAUGGGCAGUCAACAUAACAACCAUUAUGAGGACAGAAUAUGGAAGUUCCGAUGCUGCUCACUGCCAGAUGUACAUAUGGCCGACUGCAAGUUUACGGAUUGGACUAACGCUUUUGACGGAGCUCAGAAUUUUAAUGCCGAGCCUGGUACAGUGAUGAAAGGAAUGGACUCCUACCACAGUAACCAUAACGAGGACCGACGUUACAAGUUUGAACUCUGCACACCGUUUAUUGCUUCAGGAUCUUUGGUAGGGAAAUAACUACCUUAGUGCCCAUACAGUAAGGUCGAUGAACGUCGCGGACAACCUUUGUGAUAUGAAAUGUAUAUUUCUUGGAGGCUUACAAAUAGUGUUACCUUUAAGUAAUAAAUGAAGACAUUUAUCA